UUGGUAGGGAAUGACUAUUGAUUGGGUGUGCUUUCUUUUUUUUUUGGUAGGGAAUGCCUAUUGAUUGAUCCUAAAGAGCAUCCUAUGCUUCUUGCAGAGCCUUCUUCUAACUCUCAACAACAGAGAGAAAGGACAGUAGAGCUUAUGUUUGAGAAGUACAAAGCACCUGCAUUGUUUUUGGUGAAGAAUGUUGUUCUAACUUCUUUUGCAUCAGGGCGUGCUACGUCAUUAGUUGUUGAUGGGUUGAGAGUGCACGUGGCUUAUGAAAAACUUUUAAUUAGGAAGCACAAGUUGAUUUUGCUUGGAGGAGAAUUUCUUACAGAUUGCUUGAUGAAAAGCUUGGAAAGCAAGGGUAUUAUGGAGGGUGACAAACAUUAGUCUUUAUUUUUAUCAGUGAUCUUCUGAAAUAAAGGACAAUUGAAAUUGGAGCUGACAUAUUUAAGAUUCCAGAACACUCAAAAACUGUCUUAGUUGGUAUGACAUUUUAAGACGGUUGCGUGUCAUAACUAUCUUAGAUUGCUUGAUAUACUAAGACGGUUAUAGAACCAUCAUCAUAGAGUAAUGACUCAUUUACGACGCUUGUUUCGACGACAAUUCAAAACUGUCGUAAAGAAGUCCAAAUAAACCGACUUAGAAGAACAUUUUUUUAGUAGUGACCAUCUUAAAAACUUUAAGACGAUCCUAACCUCAAGACCGUCUUAGAAUGUAGUACAUUCAAAGACGUACAUUCUAAGAUGAUCGUCUUGAACCGUCGUCGUAGAUCCAUUAACUUUUUACGACACGCGGUACAACGACGUCGCGUAACCGGUGUAAUAUGUUAAAAUAACUAUGGUUGUCUAUAUAUGAAAACGACAAAGAGUUAACAUGCG